CCACAGACGAGGACCCGCGAUUGCGCGGUCUGCGGUGAUGCGACGCCGAUAAUCGACCUUCCUUCACUAUCCAGCUGCGCGCACAAGCCAGAGACUUGUGCUGGAUGCUACGCAGGAUGGAUCGCCUCUGAAUUAGGCGAGAAGGGAUGGAGGAAUAUCAAGUGUCCAGGAGGCGAAUGCAGGGUCAUUCUAGCACAUCACGAGGUUCAGCAGUACGCCACGAAGGAAGUCUUCGAGCAAUAUGAUACAUUCGCGAUGCGGGAAGCCCUCGCUGACGAUCCCAGCUUCCGUUGGUGUCGGGCAGGUUGUGGUUCAGGGCAGAUCCAUAUCAGCGGUGAAGAAGGCAACAUCUUCAGAUGCGUAUCUUGUGGACACAAAGUCUGCGUGAUCCACGAUGGUACAUGGCACGAAGGCGAAACUUGCGAGGACUACACAUAUCGGACCAGCGGUCAGAAGGAAAAGGACCAAAGGGCACAGGAAGAGGCUAGCGUUGAGGCUAUCGGCAAGAUCACUAAGAAAUGCCCUGGACCAGGAUGUGUAUACAACAUAGAGAAGAACGACGGAUGCGACCAUAUGACAUGCUCUCGGUGUCGGUAUGAGUUUUGCUGGCUCUGCCUGGCAGAUUACAAUGCCAUCCGCAGGAAAGGGAACUCUGCGCAUGAGAAAGACUGCAAAUACCAC